AUGAGUGAUAGAGCGGAGGUAGACGAGGCUCACCUGUUAAACUAUGACGAUCAAGAACCUCCGAGCCUUGAGGCUCUGCGCAAUAUCCUGAAGCAGGACUACCAAGACGGCCUAAAACGUUUCCUCCCCGGAAAGUUGUUCAACAACAAACCGGACUUGUCGUACACGGAUGUCCUUGCUUGGGAGAGAGAGAGUUCAGAAACAAGGUUGCGGAGAAAAGAUGCGAGUUUGACUUUCAGCUCUAACUCGGACGUACGACGCAUUAUGCUUGCCUACCUUCAUGAAAUCGAGCCAAUCCUUGGUGCUUCGUCAUACACCACGAGGCUGGAGAACCGUGACACGUUGCUCGAGGAAGCAAUACGCAAUGUCUUUCCUUCCUCCACACUCAGCAUACUUGAAAAAGCAGGAUUUGACGCCUCGGAUGUAACUUGCUGGGCUUGGAUCUUCACCGCUCCUGCAGUUGAUCUCGCUAUAUCUAGAUACAUUAUCUUGAUGAACGAGUUUUGCAGUUAUGAUCCGCCUCGAAAGGUUCCAAAGUUCAUAGUCCUACAGCUCCUGAGGUCCCCUUCCAUUGGUCAAUUCGCUCUUAGGCGCCUUGUUGAGACCCUGUUGCGUGAGUUGCACGAUUGCAAUGAGCAAAAGUCAUAUCUGCACUGGUCUCAUUGGGCCACCAGGAUUUGUCUCGUUGUUCGACUUUUGCGCCAUGCCAGGCAGAGUGAUCCAAGCCUCCUUCACGAAAUUGCUCUGGUUAUACGCCAUCUGUUCUCCGAUAUUUACACUGUUCCUGGGCAGGCGCGCGACUCUCUUGAGCUAGACAGGCUGGCACACGUCUAUAAUCGCCUCCUCAGCUUGAUCUCGCUGCCCCGACCAAGAGAACCCUUCAAAUGGACUCUCGAUCAGCAAAAUGCACAAUUAGCGCUUGUUUGCUUAAUGGUUGGGUUUCAGCCACAACUUCCCGUCUCUCGCGAAGGGUUUCGCGCACUCAUCAAAGUCCAGCUUGCUCAUAAGAAGACUGGUGAAGAGCGGUCAUGGGCAGAAGCAAAAUCCUCGUCUUGGCCACCAUGGCGACAAGAUAAGCUGGGCAUCGAAGAAGACCUCGAGUACCCCGGCAAGGAAAGUCGUGCCAUGAGGCUUUUGCGACGUAUGACAGAGGCAGGCUAUGCACAUGGGCCCUGGGAGAAGGCUGCGUCUGUUUUGUCUGGAUGGGAUACUGAUAAAAGCCCCACCAUUCAAACAAGGUCCAUUCUACGGCGCGCAUGGAACAAUAUAUUCCCAGGGCGCGAGGUGUUGAAGACAGAAGACACCGUGAGCUCCGAGAUCUGGACAGCGCGUAUACGCUCCACGCGAUCCAAGCUUGAAGCUUGGGCUGCCUUUAGUGCUUAUACGACGUCAACACCACUAGCUCAGCGGCAGUACAUGCCGUAUUAUGCAAUGCUUGAAAAACUGAUGGCCAAAACCGUGGAACCUCAAUCUGUUCUAGGAUUGACAUAUCUCCCCGGUGAUCUCAAGGAAACCUUUCCAGAUCCCAUCAACCCCAACCAAAGAGUCUAUGUCGAAACACAGGUCCCAACAUCGAGCGACUUUUACUUGCUAAUGCUUAAUGAUGGCUUCAAGCCUGCAGGCUCACUUCUAUGUGAACUGCUAGAUUCCGCCACGAAUCUCGAAGCUGGAUUUCGAUAUGUUGUCGAAAGCAAGAUGAAUGUGGUUCUUCGGGAUGUGAUACUUCAUGCUGAGAAUUAUCCUCAUAAUAUCUUGAAGCAGAAGCUGAGACUAUUACGACCGGAUUUCCUUGCUGCUUUCUACCGCUUGCUAUGUAGGUACGGGUUUGAGUCGCACCCACAGCUCCAUGCGCCUGGCUCUCACCAUGGCGAAGCGGGGAAAUACACGCCAGAGUACAACAGACCUGGGGUUCGGCCUGUGACGUAUGCCCGCCGAUUGCUUGAGAUUUCGGACCUGAAGGAUAUCACUACUUGGAACGGGUUUCUCAAAGGCUCGGCCUUGUGUGUGGCUCAUGUGCACACGCUCGUUAUGGCUGGUUCCUCGACCGCGAGUACAUCCCGUGAUAUCAAGAUGGAAGUCUGGCGAAACGUGGAAGAAAUAUUCACCAUUUCGAGUUUGCGGUCGUUGGGGCUUAAUCCAGAUCUCUACACUUUCCGCCACAUGGCCUGGUUGGUCCAGAAUCUCGUUGGCGAUGCUCAUUUAUACAUUUCCAGUACUCGUCUCGUGGAAAUCACGAAAUUGAUAUUCGUGAAUGCCGCCUACGGGAAGAAUAGCGCUACCUGGUUCGAGUUUACCAACACCAUGCCUCCCCUGUCUGUACCCCAAUCACAUGAUAUCCGGAUGAUGGUACGCCUCAUGAUCGCCGCCCACGAUAUCAAGGGCCUUCUAGAGAUGACCAAAUGGCUGAAUCACUACGCCAAGACUUUCCAACGGUCGAUCACAGAUUCUUCAGUUGAAUUAGCCGACGAGCAAGAACAUCCAACCGAGGUUGAAAUCUCACAUUUCCGCGGCACGUUGUGCGCGAUCCGCUUGUUCCUCGAGGGUAGCAAGGGACUGGACAGCGAAGCCUCCAGCAGCACCGAUGAAGAGCUGUGGUUCGAGAGUCCCCUUGAGGCCUACGAGUCUGAUGUAGAGCAUGCAAGGACCUCCUGCAAACUUUUGAGAUGGCCGACCGAGCAGGAGAUCCAAACUUUCCUAGAGCAGAACAAGGGGUGGGUCUACAAAGCAGCACAGGCGGCGGAUUUUACAAGCAGUAAAGAAGAGGUUUUGCGGAGGAGGACCAAUAAUCACCACACUGCUGACUCCAAGCAGCAAUUGCAUAUUGAGAGUGAAGAGCCCUGGACGAUGUAA